AUGGAUAUCUUUCUGAUAAUGGCAUGGCGUGAUGCGCGACUGGUAAAUCCAUAUGAGAAAGCUAUUCUUGUUAAAGAAGAGGAAAUUUUAGAAAAAAUUUGGCGGCCUGAUCCAUUUUUUGCUAAUGCUAAAGAAGCUUCAUUUCAUGAAGUUACUUUUCUCAAUUUUUUGAUGCGAAUUUAUAAUGAUGGCUUAGUACUCUACGAAACAAGAAUAAAAUUAAAGCCAUCAUGUAAUCUUGUGCUUUGCAAAUAUCCACACGAUAAACAAACGUGUGAAUUACGAAUUAAAUCAUUUUCAUAUCCAUUAAAAACUGUGCGAUUUGAAUGGUUUUCAAACAAAAAUGAUGCAAUUGAUAAGAAUCCAGAUGUUACACUACCUGAACUUUACAUUCAUCGUUAUGAACCAACGUAUUGCGAAAGAACGAGAAAAUCAG